AUGGAUAGGAGUGAUAAAAAAGUUAACGUCGAAGAGGUCAAUGUACCUUCAAACUUACAAAUAGAAUUAGAAAAAUCAGGCACCAGUAGCAGUGUAUCACUCCGAAGCCCGACUAAGAGUAGCGCUACCAAUUUGGCGGGCAUGGCCGAAGGUGCAAGAGAUAAUGCAUCAAUAGCGUCUUCAUCGGUAGAUUCCCUCAACAUGCUAUUAGAGCGGCAAAGAGUAAGGCAGUUAAACCAUCCACAGCACCAACAGCAUAUAAGUAGUUCACUAGCUAAGACCCCGACAACGACUUCAUCAUUUUGUUCGAGCGGGAGUUCUAAGAAUAAAGUUAAGGAAACUAAUCGAAUAUCUCUAACAUACGACCCGGUGUCAAAGAGGAAAGUUUUAAACACUUAUGAGAUCAUCAAAGAAUUAGGCCAUGGACAACAUGGAAAAGUAAAAUUAGCAAGAGAUAUAUUGAGUAAGCAAUUAGUAGCGAUUAAAAUAGUGGAUAGACAUGAAAAGAAACAGAGGAAGUUUUUCACGUUUAUCAAAUCAAGUAAAAUAUCCGAAAAUGAUAAAAUAAAACGAGAAAUUGCCAUUAUGAAAAAAUGCCAUCACAAACAUGUCGUACAACUGAUAGAAGUUCUGGAUGAUUUAAAAUCAAGAAAAAUUUAUUUAGUUCUAGAGUAUUGUUCUCGAGGCGAGGUAAAAUGGUGUCCACCGGAUUGUAUGGAAUCAGAUGCUAAGGGUCCCUCUUUACUAAGUUUUCAAGAAACGCGAGAGAUUUUAAGAGGCGUUGUGCUCGGCUUAGAAUAUCUCCAUUACCAAGGAAUCAUUCACCGAGAUAUUAAGCCUGCCAACUUAUUAAUAUCAGGAGAUGGCACUGUUAAGAUUUCCGAUUUUGGUGUUUCUUUAGCUGCUAGCAGCACGAAUAGUUCCGAUAGUAGCGAAUCCUUAGACGAGUUAGAAUUAGCCAAAACAGUGGGCACGCCUGCAUUUUUUGCUCCCGAAAUGUGCUUGGGUGAAGAUGCAUUCACCAGGUAUAACUUAACAAAGGAAAAUUUAUUUCGUGGUUCUUGCAUCUCAUUCAUGAUAGAUAUUUGGGCUGUGGGUGUGACCUUGUACUGUCUUCUUUUUGGAAUGCUGCCUUUUUUUUCUGAUUUUGAGCUCAAAUUAUUUGAAAAAAUUGUAAACGACCCGUUAAAAUUUCCAACAUUUAAAGAAAUACAGUCCAACAAAGUAUCUAAAGUAUCUUGUGAGGAGGAAUACGAAAUGGCAAAGGACCUUUUAUUGAAAUUGUUAGAAAAAAAUCCCCAAAAAAGAAUGACUAUACCUGCCAUUAAAAAACAUCCUUUUGUUUCAUGGGAUUUUGACCACGUACCGGAGAACGAUGAAAAGUUACUAUCUUCUGUCCUUGAGCAAAAAUUACGUUUCCAAUGUAACCAAACUGAUCAAUUUGAACCCAUUUCUAUUUCAAAGCACGAAUUGAAAAACGCUGUCUCCGGUGUCGGGAAAAAAAUCAAAGAGUCCGUACUAAAAAGUAUCCCGCUAAAGGAUCCGUCAGAUCUCUCUAAUAAAAACUACCUUCAUCCAACGGAAACCACUAGGGGCAGAGGGGAUGCCAAUGUUAUUGUCAGCGAAGGUUCAGUGUUAUCGAAUAUUAAGGAAUUAAGUGCUAAUGAUGGAUGUUUGAACACUGAUAGCGACACUAAUAUUAAUAUCAACGACGAUGAUCAUUAUAGUGGUGAUGAUAACGAUGGACAUUUAACGAAAAGAGAACUAGAACGAGAAUUAAACAAAUUCGAUGAUAAACACGAGGCCGGAAAUAUGGUUAAUUUACCUAUCAAUUCCUCAUUUGCAUCCUUGGACAGCUUCUACAUAGAUAAUUUUGCGAUGGCUAGAAUGGGAAUGAGUUCUCCAGAAGCGGGAGAUUCGGUUUCGUCUGUACCAAACCUUCCUUCUGCACCGUCUUCAACAAGGCUUGGACGAUCACCAGUCUUUAGUGGAGUCACCAACCAACCAAGUCCAAUUCGCCCCGUUUUGCCACAACAAAAGUCAUCGUUUUGUGCAACAGGUCGGUAUGAUAAGAGUCACAAUAGUCUUCUUAGAAAUUCUUCAUCUCAUCUAACGUCAUACAACUCCGGCAGACCAUCUUCAAGGACUGGCCGAAUGAAUUCACGCAACCAAAACUUACCGAAAAUACCAAAUAGCCUUUCAAAAAUCUCAACAACGAAAUUGACUGAACUAAGAGUUCCAAAGGAUUCAGAAAUUCCAUCACCUGCAAAAAACCCUAACGCUGAUCGUUUGAGAAGGUUUCCCGUAAAGAAAAAUACCAAAACACCCGCCAUAAAAGAUCCUCCGAGAAUAAACAUUAAUAGCAGCGAUAAGUCAGGCUCCAAAAAUUCUCCUAUAAAAUCCUUAUACCAACGGAUGAAACAGUCUAAGGAUAAUUCAAAAACCUUCGAGGUACGUAGAGGAAACUUUUUCAGUCAUUUUAAUGGAGAUGAUGAUGAUAGCAGUAGCCAGUCGUCCGUAACCAGUUCUGGUUCAGAAUCUGAUUCUGAAUUAUCAUCCACUUCAUCGUCCUGUACAUCUGGAACCCAAUCUCGGAAUAGCUCCAACAAUAAUGCAUAUUCAGAAACGGAGUCAUUACCUUUCGAGUUUGGUGUUGAUUCAGAAGAUGGAAGUGGAGUAUUAUUAAGAGAUUUACCUAACGAAGAUCAAAUAAGGCCGUUUCUGGAUAUACAACCAUGUCGACGCAUGAAAGUUAAAAGUUCAUUGAACCUCGAACCACCUUCUGUCUCAUCUUCUUCAUCUUCAUCCUCCGACGAAGAUGAGCUAAUUUUAAAUGUCGGGACUGCAGGUCAUCGAAGAAGGCAUAAUUCUUCAAAACUUAGUGAACUAUCCAAUAGUCCGCAGAAGGGAUCAAAUAAUUUCAUGUAUUCCAAUGGAAGUGUUCAUGACAGUGAGACGACGAUAACGCCGCAAAAUAUGGAUGACUUGACGCUGCAUCAGGCACUGAGCCGCAGCCAACCCAUUAGUAAGCCUGGCCCAUUAGUAUUACCAAAGCGUUUAGACCAAAAGAAAGCUACGACGGAAACCUCAAAUUUAACAGAUAUCGUUGAAUUUAACGGUAAUAACGAUCAUCGAAAGGACAAAAAUUUCGAUAAAGUUCUUUAUUCAAGGGACUUGUUAAAAGAUGCUCUAAGUUCCACUAAUGCAGGCAGAAGGAGAUCCAUACCUUCAAAUAAAAUAAGAGGACGAAAGGACGCAAGUAUUACCAUGAGUACUAAUGUUGGUAAUGAUGAACAUGCUAGAAAUACCAGCUGCCAUGGUGAUAAAGGACAAGAAAAUGGCGCUAUAAAACAAAGGACCCAUGAAAGAUCGCGAUCUUUAACAGUCGCUGAACUAAAUGAAGAGAAGAGAAGGAGUGCACUUCCAUGA